AUGUCUAGGCUUAAUCAUCUUAUGCGAAAGCUCAAGAAUAAUCUUCUUCAAUUAAUUUCCAAAUUUGAUGUUGUGGAAAUUGUGGAAACCCCAAGAGCAAAUAAUGAAAUGGUACCAAAUGAUGUUAAAGAAGGUUACUUUGCUGUAUUUUCAGUAAAUCCAGAGGAAGAGCCAAAGAGGUUUAUUGUGGAACUCCAUUGUCUCAAUAAUCCAUCAUUCUUGAAAUUAUUAAGACAGACAGAAGAUGAAUAUGGAUUUGGACAAAAAGGUGUUCUUGAAGUUCAUUGUCUUGCAGAGGAAUUACACAACAUUUUGGAACUCAAGUUUGCAGUUUAG